CCCAGGGGCGGGGCUGGGGCCGGGCGGUGACUCUGCCCCAGUGUCCGUUGGGGGGAAGCCCCGCCGAUCUGCGCAUGCCCAGAGCCGGGAGACACAAAACUCUUCUCCGGCCCCGGGAGAGGCUCCAACGGCCCCGCACGAGCCAGCCAGAGUCGCAGCGCCCCCCGCGCGUUCGCAGCCGGGCCCAGCCCCCCGCCCGACGUCACGUCCGGUCCAGAGAGAGUCUGGAACUACAUCUCCCAGCGUACCCCGGGGGCGCUUCCGCCCUAGUUAGCGCAGUAGAGUUUCCAGUUUCCAAACCUGAUGUGAACUCACAGCUGGAACGAGGGGAAGAGCCGUGGAUCUUGGACCUCCAGGGCUCUGAGAAAGAAGAGCUUCCGAGAGGUGAUGGGAUGAUGAGUGAGAAUGAGGAGAAACCCCAGCAGGAAGAUGUUGAGCAAGUAAAACCACAUGGAAUGUUAUCAGGAAGAUCCAAAGGGAAUGUUUCCGGGAGUUGUGCACUCCGAGGAAAAGCAAAAGCCUGUGAGACUCAGGACAGGCCAGAGGAAAACUUCAGUAACCACUCAGACCUUACAACACGCGACAGAAUCAACUUGGAAGAGACACGCUACACAUGCCAUGAGUGUGGGAAAAGCUUCAAUUUGAACGCUGCCCUUAUCACACAUCACACAAUCUACACGGAGCAGACGCCAUACCACGGCAAGCAUGGAGCCCGCUCAGCUCAAGACAGCAGUU